ACUGGCUUUUUAGAGAAGCAACCCUGGAGGACCCUAAACAUGAGCAGAGCCGAGCUCCUUUACCCCUCGUGACUCUGUGUGCGGCAACUCCGCCCACUGUCACUGGACCAAACCCAGGCCAUUGGGUUACCUGUGGGUGAUGGGCUGGGGAGGAGCCCCAGGGUAAGCUCAAAUUUGACUUUAAGGCCAAAGCUCUGUCAGACACAGGCAGUGAGGCAGCAUCGCCAGAGGCAAGAUCUGCUUGGCCAAGACUUCAGGGAGGCAGGAAGACGCGCUGGACAACACCAUGGACAGCCUCCUGAUGAAGCGAACGAAGUUUCUGUACCAAUUCAAGAACGUCCGCUGGGCCAAGGGUCGGCACGAAACCUACCUGUGCUACGUGGUGAAGCGGCGCGACAGCGCCACCUCCUGCUCCUUAGACUUCGGCCACCUGCGCAACCAGGCCGGCUGCCACGUGGAGCUGCUGUUCCUGCGCUACAUCUCCGACUGGGACCUGGACCCGGGCCGCUGCUACCGCGUCACCUGGUUCACGUCCUGGAGCCCCUGCUACGACUGCGCGCGGCACGUGGCCGACUUCCUGCGCGGGAACCCGAACCUCAGCCUGCGCAUCUUCACCGCGCGGCUCUACUUCUGCGAGGACCGCAAGGCGGAGCCCGAGGGGCUGCGGCGGCUGCACCGCGCGGGUGUCCAGAUCGCGGUCAUGACCUUCAAAGAUUAUUUUUACUGCUGGAACACUUUCGUCGCGAACCGUGAGAAAACAUUCAAGGCCUGGGAGGGGCUGCACGAGAACUCGGUCCGUCUGUCCAGACAGCUGCGGCGCAUCCUGUUGCCGCUCUACGAGGUGGACGACCUGCGCGACGCCUUCCGCGUGCUGGGGCUUUGAACGCCGCCCCCAGGAGCCGCAUGCGCAGCGCCUCAUCCCUGCGGAAGAGAACGAAUGGAAGAGCGGAGCUUCACGUCUGCGCUUCCUUCUGCAGUUCUCACUUUCUUAGCGUGCCGCGGGAGAAAUAUUUGUACAUGACUGUUUGAAAAUACCCACGUCUUGCAAAUAGAGCAGGAGCGCUGGCGUAGCUGGCGGACGCGGCCAUCGGCGCAGGCUCGGGCGCAGCGUCGCCCUCUGUCCGGCUGCAUCGGAACUGCAGGGCCCGCGGGCGCAUCCUGGAAGCCUUUCUGACCUGCUGCAGGCCAGCGCUGCAAAGCCCGCCGAGAGCUGUCCUGUCAGGAUCUCUGUUACCUCAGCUAUCUGAGCUGUCCUAGCCUCUUCUGACGAGCCCCAUCCUCCGGUGGGCUCCUAAUGACAAAAUCUGGGUGACCCCUGACCCCCCCCCCCAAGCAUUAAAGCGCAAGCGCAUGUUUUUGUAUUUGUAAGGACUGGGACUUGGGACCUGGGGCAGAAACUAGGCGUGGGUCACUUUCCGGUGACUUCAGUAAGGGAUCACAAUUAAAAUAGACGUGAGGAGGGCCGGGCGCAGUGGUGGAGGACUGUGAUCCUAACAUACAGGUGCCUGAAAAAGGAGGAUUCCCACCAAUUGUGAGGCCAGCCUGGGCUACUUAGUGAGACCUUGUUUCAGAAACAAAAAACAGACGUGAGGCCUGUGAAGAAGGCGCCGUGUAAUGAACUGAUGUCUCAGUGGCACCGUCCUCUGAAUACACAGACGCUGAAAGUCACCCACGAACACCCAUGGAAAUCAUGGCCAGUGACCAGCGGGGACUUGGACAGACGCAGCUUGCAUGUCAAGAAGAGAAAAAUCUCUUCUCUCACAUGAGUCUGUUGAUGCCAGCCAGACCCAGGUUUUGUACUUUGAUUUGUGUCAUGCUCUUCCCAGAGUUAUACUAACUGGAUAACAAGGCGCCAGGAGCCACAUCCGAGAGAGAGGCUGGGCACGGGGAGAGGAGCUGUGCUCCACCCCACAGAGGGCUUGGGCCUCUGUGCCUGCUCCAUCGCUAACACGUGCGUGCUCAGCCAUUAAAUCCAAGGAGCAUGAGCCUCAGGUGAGUGAGCAAGCCAGUAUUAGUCGAAUGCUGGCUUGCUCAGAAUGCCCCUGGGAGGUAGACAGGCCCAACAAUGAAAAGUGGAUUUUGAAAAACACGGCCUUGUGUAACGUGGGAUUCUAUUCGACCAAAAAUGGAAUAAAUGGGAGUGGUGAAUGCUGGCCUGUAUCCUCCGGAGGCAGAGGGAUCAUGAGUUGGAGGCUGGCUCGGGAUACAUAGAACUUAUUUAAAAAAAAAAAAAAAAAAAAAAAAAAAAGAAGUAUUGAUGGACUUACAACACUGUGCCCUUUUUCUCUUUUAUUUUAAGACAAUCUCCCUAAAUUACCCAGCCUGGUCUCCAGCUUGUGAUACUCUUUCCUCACCCUCCUGAGGAGCUACGAUUGCAGGCAAGCACCUCAGUGCCUGGCACACAAUUGUUAGUAUUUUUUUUUUUUUUUUGGUCUUUUUCUUGUUUAUCAGUACUGGGGAUCGAACUCACGACUGCCUGCUUACAAGGCAGGCGCUAUGGCGCUGAGCUAAAUCCCCAGCCCCCAAUUGUUAGUAUUUUAAUCUUACUGUACAUACAUUUGUGAAGUAGUAAAGUAAUAAAAUAAUUACUUCAUCUUUUCAUUUAUAA